CUGGUUGGGGAUCACUGGUCUGAAGAAACAUAAACCAAAUAUUUAGGCUGUGACAGAGAGAGUGGGAGAGCCACACACAGAGUGGGAAAGAAACACUGAGACACAGGUGCGAUUGAGCACUUGAACAAGUGUCUUUUUUUUUUUUUUAACGCUGACUACUGUGUAAUAGACAGUUUAGGGUGUCACACAGAGUGGGCACAACAGCGACAUUCAGUUUAGGUGAGAUCCACUAAAUAAUAAAGCUCUCUGUCCAGCCUGGGAGAGAUAAAUGAUCCAUUGGCUUCAGUUUGGGUGAGAGCUUUCGAGACCUCUACUGUGGUACUGGGAGAUUGAUUGUAGUACAUUGAGGUGACAUGGUUAGAACUCACUGAGAGACAGUUAGAGCUGCCCAGAGACAAACAGAGAGCCUGAGAGAGUACAGCAGAGACAUCAGGCUGGGAGAGGCCGACAGCACAGACAGAGGGAGCAAGAGACAGAGCCAGCAAGAGACAGAGCCAACGUGAGACUGAGCCAGAAAGAGACAGAGCCAACGUGAGACAGAGCCAGAAAGAGACAUAUACAAAGAAAUUCAUGGGUGGUGCCAGUGGGGAGACACAAAGCAGGUGCAAGGAGGCACCCAGUGACAGGGGGGAGGCUAUCCAUCUGCUGAGAGUGCUGAUACACCAAAUAGACAGCAAGCACAAUCCUGAGAGAUUACUAGAGAUACAGACAGACAGGAGGCGAUUGAUUCCAUGAUGGAGGACACAGAAUCUUCCGAUUUGCUGUCUUCAUACGACUCUAUUACGUCUGCGGGCAGCAGCUUGUCCAGCACUCGGGAGGACACCAAUUAUGCGGACUUUGACGUCUUCUUUUCAGAUGGUCUGGAGGAAGCGAGAAAGGACAAGGAGGAUUAUGGGAAAGUGACAAUGAUUCCAAACUCCCGACUGAGCAGCGCCGACCACCCGGUGUUGAUACGGCUGGAGAAUGAGUACCAAGCGCGGAGGUCUCAAUGGCAGCCGAGGUCCGGGCAGGACCCUGAGGAGAUAGCGGGGAGGAUCUUGUGCCCCAAUCAAAACAACCCGGCAAGCCGUCACAUGACAGUUAGCAGCACCAGGCAGUUGCCACAACAGAAACUCUUUGUCUGCUCAGAGGAGGCCAAUAUAGAGGCCCCACAUGGAUUCAAAAGGCAAUGGAAAAGGGAAGCAGAAAUGUCAUCUAACUGGUGGCAGGAAAAUAAUGUGCCAAUGACAGAAGGGGACAGGAUAUUCGCACAGAAGUGUCAAGAACUUCAGGGCUUUAUAAAACCUCUGACAAACCUUCUAAAUGGACUUAAGAAAGGACGUUAUGAUAAAGGGCUGAGCAGCUUCCAGCAGAGCGUGGCUAUGGAUCGGAUACAGAGGAUUGUGGGGGUUCUGCAGAAGCCACAAAUGGGGGAGCGGUAUUUGGCCACGUUGCUGCAGGUGGAAAUGAUGCUCAAGAUUUGGUUUCCAGGUGUCACCAGCUCUUCCUCUUCAUCGUCCUCCUCCUCAGACUAUAACAUGGAGGAACCUCUGUAUAAGAUGAGCAAGCAUCCUGAUGGCAGUUGCGAAACAGCAAAUAGCUUCCAGUUGAGGCAAUACCCUUCUCCAAGCAAUACCAAUGUAUCAAAGCCAACAUGGAACCCAGCGGCCUCUCAGUUGGACUCAAAUUGCAACCGCUCCAAAGAAAGGGUUCAGGUGGCGGGGGAGUUGCCUACAAUGAACUUGACUUGGACGCACCCGGCUCCCAUUUGCAACCCAUCCCUCAGCCAGGCCGACCUUCAUCAUCUCAACAGCGCCUUGGGCCAGAACGUUUUUGGAGCCAACGCUAGCAACUGCGGCAUUAUCUUAUUUCUGCACAAUGACUUGGCCUCUUCCUCUCCUUUGCCCCGAUCUAGUUCGGCGGUGCUGGAAGAGAAGCUGGUAUCAGUAAUCAGUCAACAUCUAAAAGGAGAGGAGACCAAAGUAGAGAGACCUCGGAGAAGCAAAAGUGCCCCCGCAGUUGCGUCCUUUUGUGUAGACCAAUCACAGUCGCGUCCUCCCUUAGCCGUAUGCACUAAGAGAUCUGCAGGGGAGAACACUUAAACGGCACAGGAACAUAUCAGAUCUGUUCAGUAAGAACUUUCUCCACGUUUGUCCUCCGGCCCUGGAAGCAGGUGUCUGUUUUAAGAGAGAAGGAGGUGGCGCAGGAGUUGGAGCAUCAUGGCUUACCCUUUGCCAAGAAGAGUGAAUGAGAUGAGCCAGUGCUUAAAGAAACCAAAAUCAUCAUUCUUUUGAGCUUCCCUGGUGGUGGCACCUAGUCCGGCAGGACAGUGUAACCUGUGGCCCUUCAGCUGUUGUUCAAGUUGUUGAGGGGCCUCUGUAAAGGGAUUCUGACAUGAGAAAACAUGUUUUUUCUGCACUGAAAUUCAUUUUUUUAAAGAACUGCUUUUUUUUAUAUUUAAUUUUGAAAUCUGACAUGGGGCUGGCCAUAUUGUCAGUUUCCCAG